AUGGCCAAAUUCGAACCCGUUAAUGCGAAAAAGGCUUUAAGUGAUCCAAAGUGGAUUUGUGUUAUAAAAGAAGGGUUGGAAUCCAUUGAGAAAAACAGUAGUUGGGAGUUAGUUGAUCUAUCAAAAAGGGAGGAAGUCAAUUGGUGUGAAGUGGAUGUUCAAAGUGAAGGCAGUAAUGGCGAGUGCAUUUCAAAGUUCAAGAGUGAACUUAUGGAUGAAUUUGAGAUGAAGGACAUUGGUCUUAUGACUUAUUUUCUUGGCAUUGAGUUCCACAAGUCCGAAAUGGGACUGCUCAUGCAUCAAAGGAGAUAUGCUCUUGAGAUAUUGAAAAAGUGUGAAAUAGUGCAUUGCAAUGCUGCCAUUUCUUCAGCUGAACCAAGAUUGCAAUUGUCUAAGAAUGAGGAUGAAAAAGAUGUUGAUCCAACUCAAUAUAGGAGGUUGAUUGGAUCUUUGCGUUACUUGGGCAAUACACGACCGGACCUAGCGUUUAAUGUAGGUAUUGUGAGUAGAUUCAUGGAGAGAACGAAGGUGUCUUAUAUAGCAGCAGUCAAGAGGAUCCUACGUUAUGUCAAAGGUUCUGUUGGCCGCGGGAUUCUCUUUCACGCAGCGGGCAGAAACUGCAUUUUGCUCGGUUUUACCGAUUCUAACUGA